AUGCCACCAAAAGGUGAAAAGAAGACUAAGGAGCAAAUUGCCGCAGCUGCAGCUGCAGGAGGUAGAGCAAAACGCAAGAAGUGGUCAAAAGGUAAGCAAAAAGAUAAGGCAAACCAUUCCGUCUUGUUCGACAAGAAGACUGCCGACCGUUUCCACAGCGAUGUUUUGAAAUCGAGACUUUUGACCCCAGCUGUUGUUGUUAACCAACUUAAGGUUAAUGCAAGCGCUGCUAGAGCCAUGCUACGUGACUGUGAAUCUAAGGGAAUUAUCAAACCAGUUGGAGAACAGACUCACGGACAGAUGAUAUAUACAAGAGCAUAA